CCUGCAGCAUUUGCGUAUUCCAUUUCCAACAGAGAGCUCUCAAGGUGAAGAUGUCGACCACCACCGCGGCCGCGAUGAGCAUGAAGCUGCUGGUGGACACCAAGGCCGGGCGCGUGCUGUUCGCGGAGGCCGGCAAGGACGUUGUCGACUUCCUCUUCUCCCUCCUCGCCCUGCCUGUCGGCACGGCCGUCAAGCUGCUCGGGCCGGACUCAAUGGUCGGGGGCGCCGGCGACCUCUACGCCAGCGUCCAGAAGCUCGACGGCUCCUACGUCCUGCCCGGGGCGAACACCGACGCGCUCCUAUGCCCCGCCGUGCCCUCGCCGGCGGCGGUCCCCAGCAUCUCCCUGUCCCUCCUCGGCCUGCCGAGCCCGUCGCCGGCUUUCUUCAGGUGCGGCUAUUGUCACAGCCCGGGCUACGUGACGGAGGUGAGAGGCGCCAAGUGCCCCAGAUGUGGCAACCAUAUGGCGGACGCGAUCCAGUGCGUGCGGCCCGAUUCCGGCGACUCCGGGCAGGCCGCCGCCGGAGGGGCGAGAGGGUUCGUGCAGGGCGUGGUGACGUACACGGUGAUGGACAACCUCGCCGUGACCCCCAUGUCCGCCAUCGCCAGCAUCACCCUGCUCAACACCUUCGCCGUCAGGGGCCUCGGCGCGCUCCAGGAGAUGACCGUGCGGAUCGGCUACAAGGAGGGUUUGGCGAUUCUCAAGGCGGCGCUGCAGUCCAAGACUGUCCUCACCGACGUCUUCCUCGCCGGCUGCAAGACAGGUCCGGUGUACGACUGACUGACGCACCCAGGGGCAUGGAGAGGAGAACUCGCCGCCGAUCCAUCUAGCUCCGGCCAGCUAUCUAUAUCUAUACUACUCUACUACUAGUAGAUUAGCUUAAUUAAGGGAGUGGCCUUCCAUUUCCUGGUUGAAUGUUGCAGAAUUUAAGACUUGAAUUACUAGUAGUACCGAUGGAACGUUAAUUUGUAGGAGGUGCGAUUAAUUAUGCCCUGCUUUGGUUGCAUUUUCAGUGGACGUAAUGCGUUCUCCUGGGGAGCAAGGCCUGCUCUUAGGAUUGGAUAUCAUUUCUUCCUGUUUCAGGCAAAGUGUGCUUAUUCCGGAAUAGUAUGGUUUUUUGAAUAGUAUAGUAGAUCGGAUUAUCCAAAA